AUGAUGACAUCCAACAUCGCAGAAUCACUCAACGCUGCACUAAAAGCUGGAAGAAAUCUCCCCUUUGAUAUCUUGGUUGAAUGCCUUAGAAAUUUGGUGCAAAAGUGGGUUUGGAACAACUCAAAUAAUGCAAACGCAAAAGUCUCUACAGCAACAGAAAAUGAGUUGAGACAUGACAUUGUCUUGUCUUUCAACGCAAUAGAAUACCAAGUUCGUGAUGAAAAUGAGAUAAAUUUCACCGUAAAUAUACAUAAUAGAACUUGUACUUGCAAUAAGUUUCAAGAAGAUGAAAUGCCUUGUGGGCACGCAGUAGCUGUCAUUGCAAAGAGAAACUUGAGAGUGUAUGAUUAUUGUGCAAAGUUCUACAAAACAGAAACAUUGAAAGCAUUGUAUCAAGAAAAUGUUCAUCCUUUGCCCCCAUAA